AUGUCUUGGCUUCCUUUCUCACUAAAAACAUCUUUCCUCCACCCUCGCAUUGCCACCACAGCCACGAUCACGAUGGAAGCUCUUGACGCUACUGGCUGCAAAAUCUCCCUACUUAACGACGAGGUUCCUCGCCGACAUUCUUCGUAUGCAGUGUCCCAUGUCGAUGCUACCCCUCCUUCCGGUGCCUUGUCGCCGACCAGCCCGCGACCAUGGCGAUUCGGCUCCUAUGACUCUCAAAUUACCAGUGAUAGCGAUGCCGCCUCCCCACUCACUUCCACUCUCGGCCAUUCCUACGCCACGUCGCAAACAGCCAGCCGUGCUUCCAACACCAAGCGCCUGCUGCACUCCACGCGAAGCCGUUCCGACUCCAACAAGGAUGAGACUCCCGUUACUAGCCAAGGCUGCCCUGCCAAGCGCUACCUGUGCCGCUUCCGCGACUCUCACGGCUGCGAUAGGACCUUUACCACCUCCGGCCACGCCUUACGCCACUCGAAGAUUCACACCGCUAGAAAAGAUGCCCAGUGCAGCUAUCCAGGCUGCCAAAAAAAGUUUACUCGCGUCGACAACAUGAAGCAGCAUCUCAGGACGCAUUACAGGGACAAGUCCCACGCCACAGAGCACAAUUCUGCUGCCGGUCAUGAAGGACACCCCAUCGCCGGGAUGGAGCUCGUCCAUGAUACUUCCCGACAAGGUGCGCGCCGCUGCAAGCUGCGGCGCAUCUCGGUAGAGGCGGCCGCCAACAUCAUGAUGCGGCGGCUCGGUGUGUUUACAGGCAACGAGGGGCCGGAGCCGCCGCUCGUGCCGCUGGUGCCCGCCGUCGUGGAGAGGGCGAUGGAUUGCUUUCAUAUCGAUCCAGACAGCAUCGGCGAGAGCCAGGAGUGGGAGUACCACCGCGCGGGCGGCGAGGAGCCCGACACUUUUGUCUCCGCGAUCGAGCCAGAGGCAAUUGUGCAGACUUUUAUCGAGUACCAAAUGGAUGGGUCGUGGAAGGAGAUAUGCGCCGGGCGCACCUUUGACGAGUUUGGUGAUGUAACACGCUCCGGUCCGUACGUGCCGCUCGCUGAGCGACCAGAUCCAAGACAAGUACGCGUGAAUGAUAUUGACGGGGAGUUUGACGUCGUUAAUGUUCCUUCAAACGGACUGGAAGCUUCCGCGUCGGGCUAA